AUCGAUGAUAUCGGCUCGCUAUCUCCAACAACCGUGACCGCCGAGCGCGCCCACCGAACGCUGCUAGUGCGUCCGUUCUAGCAAAAAGCCUUCGGGGUGAGGACAUCCGCAAGUAUGCAGUGCCGCAGUGGCACCAUCGUGCCCAGCUGGAUCAAUGGAAGCAACUGUGGGGAUGAAGCAAAAAUCUCUCCAGCUCAGUCACCAUGUCCGAGGUUACCGCUUCCACUUGCUUCUGCACGACGCCCCACGCAUCGCUACCGCCUGCAACCACGAGACCGCGGAGAUGACGCUGCUGGAUGAUCACACUGGCGACAUACAUACGGACUCACAAUUCUUAGGGGAGCCCGCUUGCGGCAAACAGUCGAAUGAAUUCCAUCUUCGGCCAAAGGAAGGCUUACAGGCACCACUAUCAGACCCCUGUCCGGUGCGAACGUUGUUUGAGACGAGUCGAGGCUGUCCGCCCCUGCUCCCGCUUCAGCGGACACGAAUGUGGCGACUGUCUUUGGUUGCGUCCUCCAACUUCACUUGGCCGGGUUUAGUCUCUUUGCCGUCCUUUAUAAUAAAAAGAACCUGCCCUCGCUUCGCCGUAAGAAGGAGGUCAGACGGACCAAGGACAAAUGAAGAUCGCUACGCCACGGUGCUAAGUAUCAUUCCAGAGAGCCCGAACCCAAGGCCUCCAUCACCGGUUUGAUGGAUCGCACUUCUAAUAAUCCUAAUAAUACGCAGUACUGUGCCCCCUAGUACCUUGAUACUUACAAGGUCCCUGUACCGCGGUCAUGCACUGUGUCAUUGCUCUCUUAUUCAU